AAAGAUUGACUAAUCAGUAAUCAUCUAUUUUAUCUCCUAAUUUUAUCUAUACAUACGUACAGAUAUAUAGAUUCAGAUCUAUUCCAAUCUUUUUCUUAUACCCUUCUACACAAACUCAAAGCUUGACUACCCUUUUUCUUUUAUCUUAUUUCUCAAGGGCUUUGAGCAUUUUGGAGAUUUUACGGUGCAAUCAUGGCUAGUGGUUACCCAGCGGCUUCUCAGGUGGGUUCUUACUUUGUGAGUCAGUACUAUCAAAUUCUUCAACAGAAACCUGAUUGUGUUCAUCAGUAUUACACUGGGUCAAGUACUGUUAUUCGGGUUGAUGGCGAAUCGACUGAGACAGCUUCCGAGAUUUUGCAUAUCCAUACACUUAUGAUGUCAACAAACUUCACCGGAAUUGAGAUCAAAACAAUAAAUUCUCUUGAUUCUUGGAAUGGAUGUAUACUUGUAGUUGUUUCUGGAUCUGUGAAGUCCAAGGAAUUUAUUGGACGAAAGAAGUUUGUGCAGACCUUUCUCCUUGCUCCUCAAGAGAAGGGUUUCUUUGUAUUGAAUGAUAUCUUCCACCUUCUUGAUGAGGAGGCUGCUCAUCAGCAGUCAGCACCCAAGCUACAAGAGAACAGAGUAGACUAUCAGCAACCGACACCUGGAUAUCUGGAUAACAGUGUUGAUUACCAGCAUUCAGCACCCGUUUAUUCGGACAACAAUGUUGAUUACCAACAUUCAACACCCCCAUAUUCAGAAAACAUAGUUGAUUACCAGCAUCAUCCAGGACAAACUUUACAUGAUGACAUUGAUUAUCAGCAUCAGGCACCCGUCUAUUUUGACAAUGGAGUUGAUUCCCAGCAGACUAAUCAUAUUCCUCUGUCAGAGUCCCCAGAUGUUACCAACUAUGAGGUGGAAGUUAGCGAACAUCUCAAUUCGGUGCACUUUGAGGAUGAUGGCCCAGUAAAUGAGUACAGUUUUCAUGACCAGCAACAACAGGAGCCAGUCACGGACUAUGUUCAAGCAGCUUCCGUGGAAGAGUCCCCUACUUCACAUAAUGUGGUGCAUUAUCAGCAAGGGUCUUCACCUGCUGCUGAUGAACCCAUUGCUGAACCACAAAAAUUUUCGUAUGCUUCAAUAUUGCGUGCUUCAACGGGGAAACCCGCACCAUUGGUUGUUGUUAAUACAUAUCCUAAGAGUGCACCAGCUCCUGUUUCUGAGUGGGAGUCGCCGCCGCAUACUAACAGUCAGCCAUCAAACUCUGUGUCAUCCUUUUUGCCUGAUUCUAAUGCAGAAGUAGUUGAAGAAGCAUUCUCUCAAGUGGAAUCUAAGUCGGUGUAUGUCAAAAAUUUGCCUCCGACUGUCUCUACUUCUGAUAUUCAGCAAGAGUUUGAAAACUUUGGGCGAAUCAAACCUGAUGGUGUUUUUAUUAAGAAUCGAAAGGAACUUGGAGUGUGCUUUGCAUUUGUCGAGUUCGAAGAUGUUGAAAGUGUUCAAAACGCAAUUAAGGCAUCUCCAAUACACUUGGUUGGUAGACAAGUUUACAUCGAGGAGAGGAGACCAAGUAGCAUGAUGAGCAUGUCACGUGGUGGUGGGAGAAGAGGAAGGGGUAGAGGAAGUUAUCAAACUGAUGGGCGUUUUGGUGGACGGUCUUUUGGAAGAGGCAAUAGUGGUCGUGGUUCAUAUUGAUAUGAACAGCCAUGGAAAACCGAAAACAAAUGGCCAUAUACCAUCAUGUACAAGCGCUGCAGCCAUCUAAACAAGACCCAAAGUUUUGCUUUUUUGGUUCUGGCAGAGUAAUUUUUGUUAAUUGCUUUAAACUCCGAACACUUACCCGUCAUGUUUUCAGGGAAAGAAUUGUUGAAUAUGAGUUUUGCUUUUUACCAGGGUCGAGAGACAAUUCUGUCCAUUUUUCCAGUGUGCAGUUCUGGUUACGUUCCAGUAA